AUGAAUGAUGAUGAUAUUGAUGUUAGUGCCUCACCUGUCAAGGAAUUUGCUAGAUUGACUAAGUGUAAGCAGUUGAAAAGUGAUGAGAAACUCCGUUCAAAACAGCCAGGAAGCAAUGAAAACUCCGGGAAAGAAAAACUCAGUGCCAAAUACAAAAGUAAGCCCAGCACUGAAAACUCCGGAAAAGAAAAACUCACUAAAGUUGAUGAAAAAACAUAUCAAGAUGGGGAAGAAGAUGUUUAUAGUGAGGAGGAGUUUGAUGAUGAGGACCAUGAUAUAGAUUACGUCUUUGAUAGUGCCGAAGAUUCUGAAGGAGAUGGGGAUCAUAAGAAAGAUGAGAGUACAUCCUCCACGCCCAAGAAACAGAAAAGUGAAAAAUCUGAACCAACGUUCAAAUGUCAACUGUGCAAAAAGGAUCUGACCAGAUUGCAGAUUAUAGAAGGCCACGAAUGUAGUAAGUUCGUGUGUAAAACAUGCGGAAAACAGUUUGCUCACAAAUCACAUCUUAGAAGACAUGUGAUCACACACUCACGCGAAAAGCCUUACAAGUGUGGCCUGUGUGAUAAGGCCUAUUUUCGCGCGGAUAUGUUGGUCGAUCAUUGCAGGACACAUCCCGGCUACAAGCCGCACCAGUGUGCCAUUUGCAAAAAAUGUUUCACCAUCAAAAAGCUGCUUCAUGAGCAUCUGAAGGACGAUCAUUCAAAGGUUAGAAAUCUGGGUGAAUACUGUGUGAAUACUAAUAGUAUGUCUCCAGGUGACACAGGUAAGAGUAAUUGCUCUAAUCCUCGCAAAAACGUGGAUAAUGAAGAGGAAGAAAGAACUGAAGAAAGAGAGAAAAUAGAAGAGAAGGUGAGAUAG